AUGCGACAGCCAGACCCCGACAUCGACGACAUCCCGCCCCCGCCAUAUUCAGAGACGGACAUCUACUCUACCGCCGGGCGCAGCUCAAAUACCAACAACACCAACGCUUCAGCUUCACCGCGCAUCCCGUCCGACGAUGCCGCCUCGCGCGUCUCGUCCCACACCUCCUCCCACAGCGAAGUCAUCUACACCCCGCCGCUGACCCCGCGCACAAACACCACCCAGCCGCACUCGCGCCACGACUCCUCCCUCUCCAGCGCCAACGCCAGCAUUGCAAACCACCCCGCAUCGUCAACGACGGCGUACUCGGACUUUUCGGCAGCAUAUUUCGACUCCCGCCCGCCGCCGCCGUCCCGCUCCCCGCGCGAGCAGCUCGUCCACACAAUCGCCAUCACCCUCACAACGACCCCGGACGACGUCCCGUACGCGCCCACCUGGGCCGCCCGGGAUGUCACGCAGCAGGAUUGGGCCACGUUCAUCAACGUCCUGAUCCCCCACCACGCCGCCGCCCGCAAUGAGGCCGUCAUCAACCGCAAGCUGCAGGCCGAAGAGGAGGCCCUCGCCGCCGCUGCUGCUGCGGCAAAUUCUAGUGGGGACAGUGUGAACGGGCAGAGCACCGGCAGCAACAGCAGCCACCAUGCCUCCGCGCAAUUGGAGCAGAUCCGCUCCGACCCAGAGACGGACCCCGGCGCCGCGGCCGUGGGGGUGGGGCUGAGGAGGCAAGACGCGGAGGGCGUCGUCGCGCAAUGGAACGAGGGCUUCUUCGGUCCGAGGGGCAUGCUGGUUAGAUUGAGCCCGGAAGUGGAGGAGCUGCGGAUGCCCGGGGCGUGGGAUCAGUCUUUCGACCGCAACGUCGAUAGUCCCGCGUCGGCUGGACCCGGGGGCCCCGUGCCCUUCUCAGCACACGCUCACCAGGGAUCGGUCCCGCAGCAGCCUGCACCCUCUGGGUCCCGGAGCUGGAACUUUGCCGGUAUCAGGCUGAGCGAAGACGGCAUCUCUAUUGGAGACAGGUUCAUAGCGGAUAGCAACGGCAUCAGGCUGGGGAGUUUUAUUGCAGAUGAGAGAGGAAUCAGGUUCGGGAACAACCCCAACACCGCUACCCCCCGCGGGCAGCCAUACGUCGGACAGCAAUGGCAUCCCGCCGCGGCACAACCACCAAUCUUCCCUCCCGGCCCGUUCCCCCAAGGCCCUCACGCUCCUCCCCCAGGCCCGCCUCCCGACCAUCCGCUCUUCCAAGCGCACCGGGGCGGAGCCCACACCCGCGGCCGCGGCCGUCCUCCCGGACGAUACCCCGCCAACCAGCACCGCUCCCCCUCCUCCGACUCCUCGUCCUCCGCCGCGUCAACCUCCUCCUCCGACUCGGCCUCCUCCGUCGGCUCCCUGCCCGACUACGACGACCUCUACCCCGCGCAGCUGCCCAUCUACAAGCAGCGCGUGGCCGACUGGCUCGCGCACCCUGAUCAGCCCGUGACGCGGGCCGAGGUCUCGCAGCUGCGCUCCGAGAUCCGCUCCGCCAGGUCCUCGGCGCGGGAACAGGCAUCGUCUGCUACAGAGACACCCGCCGUUGUCGACGAGAGGGCGCUGAAGGCGGAGAUCAAGGCCCUGACGCAGGAAUGGCGCAAGCUCAAGCGCCAGCAGCGCGGCGUCCGCAGGGAGAAGCGCCGGGAGCGGCGGGCGAAGAGGCGUGAGGAAAAGAGGGAGCGCAGGGAGCAGAGGCGCGAGGAACGACGGAGCCGGAGGGAAGGCAGACGCAGCGGCGGCGGCGGUAGGGGACAACACCACCAACAACACCACCACCACGCACAUCAACACCAACACCAGUCCCCAACCUGGGGCGCGCCGCCGCCGUUCCCGCCUCCGGGAUUCCAUGUCCACGUCCCGCCGCCGGUAAUACACGCGGCGCCGAUCCCGCCAGUGCCACCCGUGCCGCCCAUCAACCCCCAACCGCCGAUGACGCAUACGCCGCCGGCUCCGAACAUGUGGGGCGUCCCGAACGGGCCCCAUCAGUACGGCGGGGGAUUCCAUCCCUGGGCGGGCGGCUUCGGGCGAGGGUGGGACGGCCGCGGCCGCGGACGCGGAGACGCUUUCAAUGGUGGGUUCCCCGGGGCGUGGCCCGCGGCAACAGAGCGAGUGGGCGGCGUCGAGCCAGCAUCACCGAGCACGCCGCAGCCACCGUCGUCGCAGUCCCUCUUCGACGCCGUGAAGGACAUGGAGAAGGACCUGGCGCAGAAGGUGGAGGAGCUGGACAAGUUCCGCCUGGACCAGAGAACCGAGGAGCUGGACAAUGCUUCCCUGGGGAGGGGCAGAGGACGCUGCGGCGGGGGGCGGGGCCGCGGGUUCGGUCGUUGGGGACGGGGCGGAGGAAGCUCGACGGGGGAGCAGACGGCGCAGCGGUUGAUUGAAGAGAUUGAUGAGAUAUCCAGGAACGUUGAGAAGCUCCGCGUCGAGGCGGAUGCCGAGUACGCGCGGGAGCUAGUCGCGGAGGAAGAAAGAAAAGCCGCCGGAUGGUGA